AUGUCCUCCAGGAAACAGGACGACAAAAGUCCACCUGGUCAGGGACAAGCCGUUGCUCGCCAGCGAAAAGCCCACCGCAAAUCUCGACUUGGUUGCGCCAACUGCAAGCUUCGGGGAGUAAAGUGCGACGAAGCCAAGCCCGCAUGCCAUCGCUGCCUCACAUCCGGCUUCACAUGUAACUACUCACGCUCAGCACCAGACCUGCAAUUCUCACAAGCUGGCGUCUUCAAAGUCGAUCUUGGUGCUCCAGUCGAAAAGCUCCCCAAUCCAGGUUUGCACAAGAACAUUCCGCUUGCGUUACCGGUAGCCGGUAAACUCGGUAGCUAUGAGUUGUGCGCGAGUGACUUGAGAAACCUGGAGCAUUUCCUCAACUCCACCGCUUCUACAUUGGGCGGCGGACGAGGAGUGUACGAUACGUGGUAUAGUAAGGGAGUACUAGGGUUAAGUAAUUCAUACCCUUUCCUACUACACAUCUUCCUCGUCCUCUCACAACUUCACGACAUGCACGAAAAGUCCAUUAGCAUGGACCAAGUUCCCCAUCGCUCCCUUGCCUUCCACUGGUAUCACGGCACUGCACUCUUCCAUCAAAUGCUCUCCAAAGCAUCUGCCACACCGGUCCUCUCUUCAUCCGAGCGCGACACCCUCUGGAUAUCGGCCGCCAUGCUAGGUACCGCCGCAUUCGCAUACCUUGGUUCCCUCGACCCAAGUGAAGCAUGGCCGCUCAAAGAACACUCCCCCUCAGAUCUCGACUGGCUAAAGAUGGGUCACGGCAAAAAGGUCGUUUGGAACAUGGCCGACCCAACCCGCCCUGACAGUCUCUUCAGCAGAAUGACUGCUUACCAAAGUCGGGAUCCUCCACCUAGCGGAUCAUCUCCCAUACGGCCGCAUACUCUCCCUGUACUAUUCUACUCUGUCUUCGACAUUGGUCCGUCCUCUACUGCCCCGAAUAACCCGUACCAUGUUGCGGCAGCAUUGAUUUCCCAGCUUUUGCCUGUUGUACCUACCCCCUAUAAUGUUCACCACUUCUUGUCGUUUCUGAGUCAAAUUGACGCUCGAUAUCAGGUACUCCUUCAGAAGAAGGAUCCCCGUGCCAUGAUUCUAUUAUUGUACUGGAUGGCGAAAAUAGUCACAUACCCCAUGUGGUGGACUCGUCGGCGGACGCUGUACGAAGGACUGGCGAUAUGUAUCUAUAUUGAACGGUAUUGCGGUGAUGACCCUGAGUUUAUGCAGUUGAUUGCUUAUCCAAGGGCUGUUUUAUCUGCCGUGUAUUCUGGUGUCGAAGUCGAGAAAAGGGAGGACAUUGUCCUGGACUUCAAGCCCUUGAAGGUACAAUAG